GGAGAAAAACUGUUAUCAAAUGUAUGUUUCCUUGAAAAUUUUGGUAAGAGAUAAUAAUUUAUAAGGUUUUCCUUCAUUAUAAACCAUGUUUUGCUCCUGCCACACUAUCCUGAAUGGACAGAGAUAAUAGCUGGUAGAGCUUAACUGAUUUCCCUGUUUAGUGUUUUCAGUUCUUUAUUUAAUUUUUUAUAACUAUAAACUGUGUUAGGUGGAAGAAACAGUACAAAUCUGCAGAGAUUUAUAUCAUGUUCAUGUAUUAAAGUUGCAUCUAUCUACAUGGGAAGGAUAUAUGGGUGCAGUGAUACAACAGAAAAAUUAACCCUUACAACUGUUGCAGAGCUGCCUAGAAACUGGAUCUAUAUGAGACUGUUUUCUGGCAAGUUAGAACUUGGGAAAGAACUUGGGCACCUAGUAAUUUAAAAUAUUACUUCUCAAAAUCUGGAUCCAUUAAGUUUCAUCUUAUCCUGCAACUAAAGAAAUUUCCUAAGUACCCCAGAGGUCUGCUACCCUUCAGAAACAGAAUUACCUGUGUCUCAAUGGUGCUGAGUUGCCUGGUGUCCAUGCUAUUCCCAAGCUGCAAUGGGAUUCAGAAGAAAAAAAAAAAAGUAUUUUAUGUGUUGAGUACUGCCUAAUCCAUGUCUUAUACCCUCAAUACCAGUUCUUUUCGUCUACCUUUUCUGGACUACAGAGGGAAAUAGUUUCCACUGGUGGGGUGAGAGGUUUUGUAAAAUGACUAACCUGCAUUCAAAGCUUUGCUCUGUAUCAGGUGGAGGAAGGACUCAAAGAUAGAUUGUUUAUAACAUAAGUUUGUGAAUAUUAAUUGAUAAUUUGUUAAAAAGGACACUCAGUUUGUCCUCAGUUUGCUAUUUUUGGGGUUUUUUUUGAGAGGGAGGACAAACCAUGCUGAGUAAUGUCCUUUUAACUACAAGGUGAGGUUUACAGUUGUGAAUGGAAAGGGAUUUAAGUAACUAAGAUACUUCUACAGAGGAUCCCUCACAUAUCUUGUCCUUUGGAAUCUUCUCUUAGCUAGAUCAGCUAGUUGAUAUUAAACAUCUUUUUAAUUGCUGAACAUGGAGCCUAAAGAUGUUAGCUUGCAGCUGUCAGUACUGCUGGGUAGAAAGACACUAUAGUUAGGGAUCAUGAUGAAACUUCAAUAGUUCUAGUAAAAUACAAAUGAUAAGUAGAGAACAUCCUAUCCUUAACAGACCACAGUAUAAACUGACAAAGCAGAGAAAAGCUGUAAAGCAGAGGUAUUUCUAUCUUACAGGUGAGGGACUGAUGUGUUGGCUUGCUGAAGUUUAUGAAACAAACUUCAUCUAGGAUCAAGCAUCCUACAAUAGAAGACAUCAGAACCAGAAGGAAGUUGCUCACAAGAUCACAAUAUUUAUUCCUGGGAAACCAAAGGAACAAAAACUCUGGUUUAAUUUUUCCUUGAAAAUGUUGCCUGUUUGAGAAUUUUGUGCUCAUAUACGGGUUUUUCCAAGAUCCGUCUCUGGCCAAGAAAGGAUCAAUGGUACUCUACAUGCAAGAGAGACCAAAAGGUCAUGGAAACAUUGAGCAUAACACACAGCUAGAAAAUUAUAUUAAGCUGGCCUGAGCAAUCAUGUUGUCUUGCUCAUCCUACGUACUCACAGCAGUAGCUGCUUUGAUAGUGACUUGCCACGCAUUGAGUAAAUUUCCAGAAAUUUCUGGGCUACCUGAUAUCCCUGGAAAAGAUGUUCUGAAAGGACUGCCACGUGUACCGGGUCUACCCGGUUCUCUGGACACUGGAUGCCACAAUCUUUUAGUAAAUUUGGAGCACCGACUUUUCCAACUUGAAGCUGCACUUGCUUUGAAUGGGAAAAUAAGAAAAGUAGGAGAGAAAGUGUUUGCUACCAAUGGAAAGAAAGCCGAUUUUGCAUCUGCACUACGAUCCUGUGAAGAGGCUGGAGGAACUCUUGCAACUCCCAUGAAUGAGGAGGAGAAUAAAGCUAUUAUGGACAUAGUGAAACAGUAUAAGCAAUAUGCUUACUUGGGCAUUAAAGAGAGUGAGACUUCAGGCCAGUUUACAUAUAUAACUGGCAUGCCUCUGAGUUAUACCAAAUGGCACCAAUAUGAGCCUAAUGGCAAAGGGAAAGAAAAAUGUGUAGAGAUGUACAAGGAUGGGAGCUGGAAUGAUGAAAAGUGCAACCUGUAUCGUCUCACAAUCUGUGAAUUUUAAAGAAUGGCCUUUCAGCCACUUCAGAGUGUGGAGACAAUGAAAUAUGCUGUAUCUUAGGUUUAUAAAAUUUCUGCAAAUUUUCUGUAUCUUAAAAUCUAAAAUGAAUCAUAUUUAGGUAAUUUUUUAUCCUUAAGAAAAUGCUAAAUGUGGUAGGUGAUUAACAUAAUUAAAAUGUUCUUAAUCUGA